GGCCAGCAAUAUUACAUUGGAAAAAAGCCCGAAGAAAUAUCUGACUCGGUGCCUGCCGCCGGCAGUGUCUCGUUCCGUUGGAAUAUGAUUCGUCCCUCCACUUGUUAACAAACCACCACCAUCAUGACUCUUUCCAUGUUCGACGUUCGCAAACAGCUUGCAUUCUACGGCUCCUACCAUUCCAAUCCAGUCAAUAUCCUCAUCCAUAUCUUCGGGGUCCCAGCUAUUCUGUGGAGUUCACUGCUGUUGGCUACUCGCAUCCAAACUCCCGCGUUUUUGCCAGAGUUUCGCUAUACGUUCAAUGAGUACCUCUUAUUCGAUUUAAACACGCCCGCGGUGGUCGCCGCCAUCUACCUUGUAUACUACCUUAUCCUUGAACCGUUUGCUGCGUUGUUGUACGCACCCCAAAUGCUGGUGUCAUUACUGACCGCAACAGCUCACGCGCACCGCCCUGAUGGUAUUCGAGACGCGAUUGUUGUUCAAAUCAUUUCAUGGAUUGCACAGUUCAUUGGACAUGGACUUGCUGAGGGUCGUGCUCCAGCCCUUCUGGACAACAUUGUCGGUGCCCUUGUACUCGCUCCGUUCUUUGUGCACUUGGAAUUGAUGUUCAUGCUCGGAUAUCGUCCCGCCCUGCACAAGCAGCUGCAAAACGAUAUAGGCAUUGAGAUCGCCAAGAUGAGAAAGGCAGAAGGCGACAAGAGACGCCUUGCAGAAAAGAAGACCUUAUCGAUUUUUUAAUUCCUGGCCCGUGGAAGUUCUAAGCUGUUCAUAGUUCAUCAUCGUCUUGUAUCAUACAUUAACUUGGGGUUGCAUGUUUAUCGCAGUUGGUUUAC